AUGUCAGCGCCUCUGCAGUGUCCUGACCCCACAGCCCUACUGCCGCAAGAAGCGAUGACUAGCUUUACAGGCCUACCGAGUCCUGGGAUGCUCGUAGGUCCUGCCUAUGGGCUCGGACAACAUUCCGGGCCCGAAAUGGCGACUUCCUCUGCAGGGGCGGUAGCAGUACCCGUCUGUGCCGGGGUAAACCAACGCUGCCAGAUUUGUGGGGAUAAGGCAACCGGUUAG